GUGCUUACAACAAUGAUUUACUCGAAGCAAUUCUUUUAUACAAAUCACGGGCAAAAAGUGGUAUUUAUAAGAUGGUUUUUUACAUGAAUGCCGUCUAUUCUCAUAUCAAUGACAACGACUACGACGAGUAUCGCAAGUCAGAGGUAUAAAAAUUUAAACUGCAAUAUUGUUCAUUUUACAUAUACAAUAACUUUAAUCCUGCUAUCUAUUAAUUGAUAUAUUUACUUUUGAAGUUUUUUAGUUUACCCCUCUUGAAGUUGAAAUGCUACUUCGAGAGGCCUUCCCAAAAGUCUAUUGCUAUAUGUUCACUAGUAUUUGUAAUUUGUCACUCUGUAAGGAUACGUAAGUUGCAUUUCUGUUCUUUUUUAGAAACAUUAUAUAUCUUAUACUUAAUUUGCUUAAACUUAUUACAAGAGAGUUAUCACUUUGUCAGGAAUGCAUCGUUAGUUGAAGUUUUUAAGAGAUUGUCAAGUUUCUCUUUCGUGAAAAAUGAUUAAUGACUACACUAUCCUUGUAAGUAUACUAAGUGUAGUCAUUAAUUAGAAACGUUUGGAAGUAUAUUGCAGAUAUAUAGCGCCUCGAGCUGUAAAAAUAGCAAGUUGUAUGCUUGCGGUACAGGACUAUUCUGAGAUGAAUACAAUGUGGUUGUUAGUUCGUGCUCCAGGGGGUACUUUUGAUGUGAGGGUGGAUGACACUGAUAAGACCAAUUUGAUGGAGUUGUAAGUAUAUGUUUGAGGAUUCAGUGAAACAGAACGCAUAUCUACCUAAAUACUUCACCCCAUUUGUCACUAAACCUAGAAAUAAUCGUAAGUUAGAGUUAGUUGAUGAUGGGGCAAUGUUAAAAAUGUGGGAGUGGAAUGAAGGGAAUAGUGAAAUUAAAGUUUUUAUAGAAGAGACAGAAACACCAUCCCUUGUGUUUCAGUCUGCAGAAGCUAGUUGGGUAAAAACUUUAAAGAACAGGGCUGAAAAUAUUAGGCUAAUGGAGGAAGAGAAUAGAAGGAUGGCAGAGGAAGCAGAAGCUGAGGAGCAGCUUUUGGCCCAACAGGCAUAUACUGUGGUUGUAUAGGUCCUUGUUUUGAAUGUUGAUGAUGGGAUUGAAUAUGUAAGAGUGUUUGCUACCCCAACAGCAGAUGAGGUUUUUUCAGGAGAUUCACUGCAGCAGGGGCAAGAAAACUGCUGUUAAGUUUUUUGAUUAUAGUGAAGAUGGUGAUUAUGAAGUUUCUGAUGUUGAGGUUGAUUCUGAUAUGGAGUUGGACAGUGAGGAUGAGUACAUUGUGAGAGAAGAAGAUGUUCGUGAUAAUAUACGUGAGAAGACCUUUGAGGAUUACUUAGAUGGGUCUCAUGUGUUAGACAAAAUGUACAAAAAUGGUAAAAUCUGGUCUCAGUUACCAUUUGGAUCCAUUGUUCUUGAGGAGUGGUUGAUAUUUGAAACCAAAACACAGUUUCUAGAUGUAUUCAGAGAUUACUGCAUACAAGAGGGCUUCUCUGUUUCAGUUGACCAUGUUGACAGUAAGAGGUACAUAGCAAGGUUUUUGAUGAGGGAUUGCACUUAGACGAUUCAUGCUUCAGUUCUAAGAGACAAAGUCAGUUGGGCCAUAAAGAAGCUAGAAGGAGAGCAUGCAACUUGUGGGAGGCUUGAAAAGAAUCCUAUGGUCUCUUCAGCAUGGCUAUGCAGACAAUUGUUACAAGACUUAGAGGCAAACCUAGAUGUCCCAGUUGAUUCAUUGCAGAGGCUGUGCAUGGAAAGGUACAAGAUCCAUGUGAAGUUGAGAUUGUUAAACAAAGUGAAGAGUUUAGUGAGGGAGCAAUUACAUGGUGGGUUUGCUAAGUCCUAUCCAGCUCUUCCAAAGUAUGCUGAAAUGAUAAAGCCCACAAAUCCUAGGUCUUAUGCUCUAGUUACAUGGAUUGAUAGUUUGCAAUUUAAGGCCUGUUUUAUAUCUUUUGCAGCUCAAGUGAGAGGAUUCUUAGGUGGUUGUAGACCUAUCAUAGGAAUAGAUGGUGCACAUUUAAGUGGGUAUUACAAAGGGGUUAUGCUCACUGCAGUUGCAAUAGAUGGGAAUAAUGAGAUCUUUGUGUUAGCCUAUGGGAUUGUUGACACAGAGAGCAUAGAUUCCUGGACUUAUUUUUUCAGAAACUUAAGGUGCUUGUUUGCUCAGUAUGAAUCUCAGAUGGAUGACUGGACUUUUAUCAGUGACAGGAUGAGGGGGGUUGAAUCAGCUUUGUUUGAGGUGUUCCCAAUAGCUACCAGGAGAAUAUGCUGCCAGCAUUUGUACUCAAAUUGCAAGGCUGCAGGAUGGAGUGGGGCAGUAUUUCAUAAGAUGUUUUGGAUUGCGGCAAAUACCUAUAAUGAGUACGUUUUUGAAAAAGUUAUGUCCAAGAUAAAAGAGUUUGAUGCAGCAGCAUAUGACUAUCUAAAAAAUGUAGAAGAGCAGUGGAGUAUGCACAUGUUUGACAUGACAGUUUGUUGUGAUCAUAACACAACAAACUCCGUAGAGUCAUUCAAUGCAAUAACAAAGGCUAACAGGGACAUGCUUGUAUUGACAUUGCUGGAAGAUGUCAGGAAUUGGUGUAUGAAAAGGAUGGGUUCUAGGUUCGAUAAAGUAGUAAGUAUAGAACCUAAUGAUCUAGUAGAGCAUGCAAAGGGGGUGCUGGCGACUAGGACUGAUGAUUCUAAGUUAUGCCAUGUCACUGCAGCUGGUGGUGGAGAGUUUAAGGUGAGGGAUGGCCAUGUCAAGUUCCCUGUCACGCUUGGAAAUAUGACUUGUGGGUGGGGGAAAUGGCAAGGAUCAGGGAUCCCUUGCAAGCAUGGUCUAAGGGUCCUUUACAACUAGAGACUUGAUCCUAGGGACUUUAUCUCACCUUUCUACAAGGGGGCUGCAUACAAACUCACUUAUGGAGAUCACAUCCACCCCAUGGCUGAUCCAACUCAUUGGCCUUCACUAGAUGUGCCACAAAUUGCACCACCCCAAGGGAAAAGAAAUGCUGGCAGACCACCUAAGCAAAGGAGAAGAGCUGCUCAUGAAGCAAAAAAAGGAAAGAGGCAUAAGAAUAACAAAUGCAGCCUAUGCAAAAUACUAGGCCACAAUGCAGUGACAUGCAAGGCAAAAAAGGCAUCAUCAAAGAAGGCAGCACAUGCAGCUUCCUCUUCACAGCAAUGCAACACAAGGGGGAAGAGAAAGACUGCUACUUAGCAUUGUUUAGUAUCAUUUUUCUGGUGAACAGUGUUUAUUGUCAAGUUGUUUUUGAACAAAAUGUUAACUACUUGGUUUGUAUGACACUUCUUUUGUUUAUCAUAAUUCCAACGGCUAUAUUAAAAAAAAAUGGUAUUUGACGCAAAUAAAAAAAGUAAAUGGUAUAUGGUGAAUUAUUAAUUUACCACAAACGGCACACUAACGGCAGUUGUCAUGAAUGGUAUUCUGUGCUAACGGACGUAAACUCAAUGGUAUACGGUGAAUUAAAACAUUUCGUGUGGUAUAUGGUGAAUUUUGAAGAAACUAAGUGGUAUAUCAUGAAAUAUCCGUAGUUUUUAUAAAAGGGACCAUUGCAUUGUAUGAACAACAAUUAAUUUCAUUUAUUGCUUCAAACAAAAUGGUGAAGAAAAAAAGAAAUAGAUAAUUUUUUUAUUAAUGAAGUAAUCCAUGAGCUACUAAUAACGCUUAACAAAAAAAGGUAAACCAAGUCAUGAUACAAUGACUAAUAUUGCC